CAUUUCAGUUUACUAGGCUUGGAGUGCCAGUUGGUCAUGGCCAUUAAUGGAUUCAUUGGCACAUGACUUGAGAAAUGAUUAGAUGACAGAUCUGAUCUACCAGUUUGCCUCUUCCCUAUGGGAUGGAAGCAGAUGACAUAUUUACCUGAUGGGAUGCCUUUCUGUGAGAUGUUACUUCCUUACUUGUUGUGCCCUACAGUUGGUUUCAACUGCUGAGCGACAAGUAUUUGAUCUCCUUGGCUACUUAUGGUUACCAAUUCUUCUCAAUUUUGUUCACAUCCUAUUCACCAUCAUUGGGAUUUUUGGUGGUUAUCAGGCUCGUUGGAAAUACGUAGUUUCCUGUGCAUCAUGGAAUGCCUUCUGGAUAGGGUGGAACAUAUUUCUGAUCUGCCUUUAUCUUCGAGUUGGUGUCCUACAAGAUGUAAGUUUGUUAUUUACUGAUCUGGAUAUUCUGAGUUUAGGAACUGGGAGUUACAGUUGGUGGGAGGCCAAUGGUCCAGGCUGUAUGCCACAUUACUCAACAAAUCAAACUUUGGCCAGCCCAUAUGCUCCUCCCAGACCAGUGAGGGUUGAAAACUGUAUCCUUGGCCACAGGACAAUAGAGGCCACUCAUGCUGGCAUUCAGAUUGCUUUUUCUUUGCUACUGCUGCCUGCUGCUUUGUACCUGAUGCGGGUGAAGGUUCCUGAAGAUGACCAGUCUGGAGGGAAGAGUCGAACAACGUCUCUAUACUCGAUUGAACUGGUGCCAGACCCUCCUUUCCCACAGAGAACAAUGACACCUCGCCGUGUGAAACGUCGAUCCCUGACCCGUUCCUCAGGGCGAAGUUCGACCCGAUCUCGUCAGUCGACCUUAAACCGAGCAUCAUACCUGGCCAGUCGGCAUCUCCCAUCAUAUGAUCCAAGUGCAUUAGACUCAUCAACUUCAAACGAUGAAGCAUAUCGACAUCUCCCUCCGCCACCACCACGGUUGAUUCAAGGUCAUAUUAACCCGACCUAUGCAGGGUCGAGACCCAGUUCAGUGGCAUCUAGUAGUGUGAUGAACGGACUGAAUACAACAGCUGAAUGGGCACCUGGCAUUGAUCUCCUUAUGCGGCCUAAGUCUGCCCAAAGUUCCUACUCGAACUUUCACGGUCAACGCCCAGCCAUUCCGGCUUCAACCAUGAGGCCAACGCGAACUAGCACUCCUGAGUGGCCAGCACCACCUCCUCCUCACCAGUUAGUACAGGGUCAAGGCCGUUCCUACCACCCAGGCCUUAAUUCUGAAACUGUCAUUUGAAGUGGAUGAGCAGGGUGAUCCUUUGUGAACCUCUAUGACCUAUUCUCUCUUCUGAAUGACAGAGUGGCUGAGACCAACCUUUUCAAUUCAUUCAUUCAUUUGCCCUUUUCCCUCCUGAGAAUCUCCUAUUCAGCUUUUCUAGCAAGUACAAGACCCAGCUGAAUGUGAUCUUGGCCAUAUUGUAUGCAUUUCCUAAUCAGGUAGUAUUUUUAUUUGCCCUCAUGUAUCACAUUGUAUGUCUAUCUAGAAUUUUGCUCAUUGCUUUUCUCAAAUAUACUCAAGGUCAUGCAGAGGUCUUUCAGUAAAUGCAUGGUGCCUAAUUUAGUGCCUUUAACAGGUAACUCAUGAAUCAGCAUCAUUGAUAUUAUCUCAUUUUUCUUUGCCCCUUUUAUUUCAACCAGUUUUCCUCUUUUUUUUGUAGGAUAAUUUUUUGCAGGUGAUUUCCCAUUGUGAGAAGAGUUUUACACUCCCCUUUCCUCAUUCAUUCCUGAUCCAAUUCUUAUUAGCUAUAUUGUUGCCAGAAUCUCUACAGCCAUUUGCAAUUGUGGGAGUGAUACCUCAUUAUAUUUUGAGGUUUGUUUUCAUAUGGUAUGCCACCCAUACUCAUGGUCUUGAAGAGUGAUUGCCUUCAAAUUACAGACACUUGUUUUCCUUUUCCAGAUCCUUAUUCCCUUUUGUUUUUGAGUGAAAGUAGUUGCUUUGACUUUGGAAACCUAUCUCACAAUUACUCUUCUUGAUAAGGUUUAAUCCCACAAUGAUUGAACUUUCUCAUCAAUACUUUUUGAGAAAGGGUUUGUUUUUUAAUCUGGCAAGAGUGGCAAGUGACCUUGGAUGAUAGAAACAUACACCGUCCCUACCUGAGAAGUGAUAGAAGUUGACGUAUCAUGUUUGUUUUUCGUAUAGCAAGCAAGUCAGCUUGGAGCAUAUUUAUUUUGAAUUCUGUGAGUG